AUGCGUAUUGUCGUUACGCUGGACCUUCAGCUUCACGUCACAAGCAGAAUGACUACUAGUACGUUUGUUAGACGGAAAGCGAGCUCAUCUAAAGAUAUUUCAUUAGUUUCUGGCCAGCAAGAAGGCCAGUGGAUGGAGAUCCUAAUACGGCGACGUUCAAUAAACGAUUACUGUAUUCCAAUUCACCUGUCAAGAGAUACUCGAGUCGCAACGUGUCAGACUCAAAUGCUUCUUGCGUCGGUUAUCGAGGUUUGCGGUCUUGUGACAUAA